UCUCUCGCUCCCCUCUCUUUCUCUUUGUCCUACAUGAUUAUUAAUGAUUUAUUAAGGGGUCGUGGUCUGGAUCAAAGAGUUAUGAUGUAGAUGUUGACUGCUUAAUGUGGGAUGUUUGUACCAUGGAACUGUAUUUAAAAGAGGGUUUAAAGGUUAGCUGAGCUAAUAGACACAGACUGAGGUUAGAAGAUCAUCUCUGAAGAGCGGGAUAGCAAGUUUUGCACAAAACCUAAAAGCCAAUACUAAAAAUGAGUCGGGUAAAAAAGAUAAUUAAGAGGAUGAAGGUGAAAAAUGAACUGAUGCGACAGAUUAUGGGAGAAGUCUUAGGCACCUUUGUACUUCUGCUGUUUGGUUGUGCUGCAGCAGCUCAGGUGAAAACCAGCAGAGAAACUAAGGGACAGUUUCUGUCUGUUAACAUGGCUUUCUCUGUUGGCGUCAUGUCUGCCAUGUACCUCAGCAGGGCAGUAUCAGGAGCUCAUCUAAACCCAGCUGUGUCUCUUAGUUUCUGUGUCUUGGGAGACCUAGCCUGGAUAAAGCUGCUACCCUAUUCUCUGGCUCAAAUAUUCGGGGCCUACCUCGCCUCUGGGCUUGUCUAUCUCAUCUACCAUGAUGCGAUUAUGGAGUUCAGUGGUGGAGUUCUGACCGUAUUUGGUCCUAAUGAAACAGCCAGCAUCUUUGCCACUUACCCAACUGAUGUGGUGUCACUGCAGACCAGCUUCCUCGAUCAGGUGGUCGGCACAGCCAUGCUGAUGUUGUGCAUUCUACCUCUGAAUGAUAAGAGAAAUGCUCCUGCUCCUGAAGCACUGCUCCCUCCAAUUGUAGCCACUGUUGUCCUGGGGAUUUCCAUGUCAAUGUCAGCUAACUGUGGAGCUGCCAUAAACCCUGCCCGUGACCUUGGUCCUCGACUCUUCACCUUCACGGCAGGUUGGGGCAUCGAAGUCUUCACGUGUUAUGACUACUUCUUCUGGAUUCCAUUAGUGGCUCCUAUGGUGGGGGGCUUGCUGGGGUCCAUCAUUUAUCUGGUCUUCAUUCAGUGGCAUCUACCUGAGCCUGAGGAUGAAUCUGAGUCUGAGGAGUUUAAUGAACAAACAAAGGUCACAGAGCACAACAACAAAACAGACGAGUUUUUCCAUAAAAUGUCUUCGCUUUAAAGGCCUGGGGACUGCUGAAUCUAGCUUAUGGCAUUUCCAGAUCUCAUUUCCCCUCAUCUCCACAUUAUUUCCAGACUGUAUAUACUGUAAAUAAAAAAAAAGGGAAAAGGCAAAAAAAAUAAAUUAAAAAAGGACUCAAGGUGGAUUCUUAAAUAUUUCACUUAGAAGAGCUAAACCCUUGAUAUACCAAAUGCUAUUUAUUCUUUUCAACUCCCUUUCAUUCCUUCUGAAAUAUUAAACUGGGACUUACUUUCAACCACAUGUAGAAAAUUACUAAUUUACCCUACCCCUGACAGGAAACUUUGUGCUAUUUCAGAUUUUCAAUACACUCCAUUCUGUGUGAUUUAUAAGCGUUUUGAAAAGUGGGGACAUGGGGCAAUGCCCUGAAAAGUCACCUUCUCCUUGUAAUACCUAUGUCAGACCCUUGUCAUUAUAAAAUGUAUGUCCUCAUUUGUCACAAAAACGUGCACACACACACACACACACACAUUAUGUAUGCUAGAACUUAUUUCAGCUCAAUUUAUUAAUUGUAAUCUUGGAGAAAUUUAAUAUAA